UCCAGUUUCUUUGGUAUCCUUGUAGCAGGUCCUCUUCCCCCCUGAGCUCCUAAGAUGCAGAGACUUUCGGCGUCUUCUUCAAAAACCCAUCUCUGCAAUCAAAAUUACAAACUCAUAUUAUCUUCGUUCAGUCUAAUUGACAAUCAUAAUCUCAUUCCUAACCCUCCUGCAUACCAAUCUCACCAUUUUUCAUCAAAACCCCAACAUUUCUCCACUUCUUCUCAAAACCUCACUAAGGACUCAACUUUUUCGUCGCAUGAUAACAAUCGAGAGACCCCAAGAUUCAGUUUUCUUGAAAACAAGCCAAACUUUCAAAAACCGCACAACUCUGAUUCAUACACUGCAGAUGCAGAAAAGGUAUAUAACAUUCUAAGGAAAUUUCAUACUAGAGUACCAAAACUAGAACUAGCUUUGAAUGAAUCUAAUGUUGUUGUUUGUUCCACAUUAGUUGAAAAGGUAUUACGUAGAUGUGGUGAUGCUGGUAACUUAGGGUAUAGAUUCUUUUCAUGGGCAUCAAAACAACCUGGUUAUACACCUAGUUAUGAAGUAUAUAAAUCUAUGAUUAAGGUUUUAGGUAAAAUGAAACAAUUUGGUGCAGUUUGGGCUUUAAUUGAUGAAAUGAGGAGGGAUAAUCCUCAUUUGCUUACUAGUGAUGCAUUUAUUGUGUUGAUGAGAAGAUUUGCGUCUUCAAGAAUGGUGGCAAAAGCGGUUCAGGUACUUGAUGAAAUGCCUAAGUAUGGUUGUGAACCUGAUGAAUAUGUUUUUGGUUGUUUGUUGGAUGCGUUGUGUAAGAAUGGAAAUGUUAAAGAAGCUGCUUCGUUGUUUGAAGAUAUGAGAGUUAGGUUUAAACCUGAUAUUAGACAUUUUACGUCGUUGUUGUAUGGGUGGUGUAAAUUGGGGAAGUUGAUGGAAGCUAAGUUUGUUUUGGUUCAAAUGAGAGAAGCUGGUUUUGAACCGGAUUUAGUGGUUUAUAAUAAUCUUCUUAGUGGGUAUGCGAUGGCGGGGAAAAUGCAAGAUGCAUUUGAUCUUAUCAGUGAGAUGAAGAGGAAGGGGUGUGAGCCGAAUGCGAAUUCGUAUACUAUAUUGAUUCAGGCUCUUUGUGGUAAAGAGAGAAUGGAUGAAGCAAUGUUGGUUUUUGUUGAGAUGAAGAAAUGUGGUUGUAAUGCUGAUGUGGUUACGUAUACUACUUUGAUAAGUGGGUUUUGCAAAUGGGGGAAGAUUGAAAAGAGUUAUGAGCUUUUAGAUAGUAUGUUGAAGGAAGGUUGUCAACCGAAUCAGAUGACGUAUUUGCAUAUUUUGUUGGCUCAUGAGAAGAAAGAAGAAUUGGAAGAGUGUUUUGAACUUGUAAAGGAGAUGAAGAAGAUUGGGAUUGCUCCUGAUCUUAGUACUUAUAACACUUUGAUUCGGUUAGCGUGUAAGUUGGGGGAGAUAGAUGAGAGUGUUCGAGCUUGGAAUGAAAUGGAGGCGAAUGGGCUUAGUCCAGGACUUGAUAGUUUCACUAUAAUGAUUCAUGGGUUUAUAAGUCAAAAUUGUUUGGUUGAAGCUUGUGGCUAUUUCAAAGAGAUGGUUGGAAGAGGACUUUUUUCUUCUCCUCAUUAUGGGACCCUGAAAGAGCUUCUGAAUCCUUUACUGAGAGCACAGAAGAUUGAAAUGGCAAAGGAUAUUUGGAGUUGUAUUUUGGGUAAAGGGUGUGAUCUUAAUGUACCUGCGUGGACUAUUUGGAUACAUGCUUUGUUUGUAAAUGGGAAUGUGAAGGAAGCUUGUUCGUACUGUUUAGAUAUGAUGGACACUGGUGUUAUGCCACAACCAGACACCUUUGCGAAGCUUAUACGAGGUUUGAACAAACUAUACAACAGAGAGAUUGCUGCAGAGAUCACCCAGAAGGUUAGGAAAAUGGCUGAAGAUAGAGGGAUGACUUUCAAGAUGUAUAAGAGAAGGGGGGAGAGAGAUUUGAAAGAAAAGCUGAAGGCCAAAACUGAUGGUGAUGGAAGGAAAAGGAGGGCACGGAAACGUCAGUGGGGUCCUCGUCAAGGUCGACCUCAAGCUGGUGUUCUUUAAUUCAGACAGAAGGUAAAAGCAAAAACAAAAUUUGACCCCUUGUUCUCUCCUCAGAAAGGGAGUGUGUGCAGGCUGUAUUUGGCACUGGCAACUACCCAAAUACCCAAUACGUCAAAUUCUGGAUGUGGCUAGAUCCGGUGGUUCGAAAACCCUAGUCCUUGUGACCUCAUCCGCACUGCUGCUCAACGCUCCAGCUCGUUAUAAAGUUGAUCCAGACAGUAGUGCAGCACCAGAUGCAGGAACGAUACUCUAUUCAGGAACAGUCGCUUUGUUGGAAGAAUACCUAUAACCAGGCUUUUAUUUUUUAUGAAAUGCUUGAAUGCUAUAUGUACCUUGAUCAGUAGAAAAGAUUUUAGGUCACAAUAGUUUGGCAGUUCUUUGGUCACUGCAAAAUUCACAACAACCUAGUACACAUAAAUGUCAGUUACUGAGAUCCAGAUGAGUGUUUCAUGUACUGUCUGCAACAUUUACUGUGGUUUUCAUUGUAUAUGAUUUGAAAAUGAGAAAUUAUUGUUUAACAAUCUGUGGAACACCUUCCCGUUCAUUUCUCUUUAAGAGCCGAGGAGAUUUAGAUUCUGCUUUCUAAUGUUCUAUUAUUGAAAUCGAAGUUACAUAUAUUACAGGACAUUGAUGUAUGAUCCACUAUACACAAGAAGCAACUUUUGCCUAUAGUAGACCCUAAAGUUGAUCUCAUAAUGCCAGCCUUUUAUGAAAAGAAUACAACACUCUCAGAAC